AUGGUGCAUCGCGUAGCAACGGAGCCGGACCGCAAGCCUGAGUCGCGCCUCGAGAGCGCGAAGGCACACAACACAUCUCUCGCGGGACAACGCCAUCUUCUGGAGCAACUCCUACCGCUAGUUACGCAACUAGAAGAAAAGGGCGUCACACUGAAUGGAUCCUUCCUGGUACAAAAGAUUCUUGCGAAAUUCACCACAAGCAUUCAGCGCAAAGUUUUGGAGCACCGGAUGACCUCACCCAUGAGGGAGGAUAUGUGGAAAAUGAAGGACAUUCUCACCGACAUCGACAAAAUCAUAGACACAGAAGAGCGCAUAAACCGAAUGGUACACAAUCUCGAACAGGACAAUCGGAUGCGCUCAGAAGGCUCACAGAGUUACAAAAUACAGAAGACCCAACAAAAAGGGGCACCCUGUAUAUUUUGUAACUCUCAUGAACACAAAGCGGCAAUGUGUCCGAAGUACGACACAAUACAGGAAAGGAGAAACUUUUUCAGGGAACACAACAAGUGCAUGAAUUGCGGAACAAGUGGACACUUCACCAAGGAUUGCACAAAAGAAGGAUGCAGGCUGUGCGAUGGAAAGAAACAUCAUCAUACCUUGUGUCCACAGCGCACGAAACCGAAUCCAGUAACAGGCACAAGUACUAGAAGAGAACAGGAAAAUCAAUUCUCCAGGCGGAACACACCUCAACGAGAUCCUACAAAGAGUGGAAACAACCCACAACAGAGGAAACUAACCAAUACGCUUGCGCAUAUGCACUCAGCGGACACUGAGCUAUGCGAAGCGGGAGCACAAAGGCAUAGGCAAACGGCAGGUGCCGACCUAUAUGUGGCGGCGGCUUAUGGCGCGGAGGACAGCCAUAACCGCACCUCAAGUGGCGCCUUUCUCAGAGAAAGGACAGUG